AUGGAACCUCGAAUUGGGAAUAAGUUCCGUCUUGGUCGGAAAAUUGGGAGUGGAUCUUUUGGAGAGAUCUAUCUAGGAACUAAUAUUCAGACGAAUGAAGAGGUUGCGGUUAAACUUGAAAAUGCCAAAACCAAGCACCCUCAAUUGUUGUAUGAAUCAAAGCUGUAUAAAUUACUGCAAGGAGGAACUGGGAUACCAAAUGCGAAAUGGUCCGGUGUCGAAGGAGAGUAUAAUGUCCUUGUGAUGGAUUUACUUGGUCCUAGUCUUGAGGAUUUAUUCAAUUUUUGUAAUAGGAAAUUGUCCCUCAAAACUGUUCUCAUGCUUGCUGAUCAAAUGAUAAAUCGAGUCGAAUUUAUUCAUACCAAGUCAUUUUUACACCGGGACAUCAAGCCAGACAAUUUCCUUAUGGGUUUAGGGAGGCGUGCAAAUCAAGUCUACGUCAUUGACUUUGGUCUUGCUAAGAAAUUCAGAGACAGUAAUAAUCAGCAUAUUCCCUACAGAGAGAAUAAGAAUUUGACGGGAACUGCUAGGUAUGCCAGUAUGAAUACUCAUCUUGGAAUUGAACAAAGCCGCAGAGAUGAUUUAGAGUCACUUGGAUAUGUUCUUAUGUAUUUUUUAAGAGGAAGUCUGCCUUGGCAGGGAUUGAAAGCCGGUACUAAGAAGCAGAAGUAUGAGAGAAUCAGUGAGAAGAAAGUUUCUACUUCUAUUGAGAAUCUCUGUCGUGGCUAUCCCUCAGAAUUUGCAUCAUACUUCCAUUAUUGUCGGUCACUGAGGUUUGAUGAUAAACCAGAUUAUGCUUAUCUGAAAAGACUUUUGCGUGAUCUAUUCAUCCGUGAAGGAUUCCAGUUUGAUUAUGUCUUUGAUUGGACCAUUUUGAAAUAUCAGCAAUCUCAAAUUUCCACUCCUCCUUCCCGUGGUAUUGGUCUUGCCGCCGGACCGAGUUCUGGCCUGCCACUAGCUUCUGCAAAUACUGAUGGACAGUCAGGUGGAAAAGAUGGUAGACAUAUUGGAUGGUCUUCAACUGAUCCCACUCGUAGGAGAAACACUGGACCCAUUGCCAUUGAUGGAAUCGUAUCUAGAGAAAAAGCCCCAGUUACAAAUGACUUAACUGGAUCUAAAGAUGCUAUGUUGCCAAGUUCGAAUUUCUUUCGGACAAGUGGAUCUGCAAGGCAAAAUGCCAACUUAAGCAGCAGCCGCGAUGCAGUUAUUGACAGUGAGACUGAGCCCUCCUCCCGUCCUCUCACACAGGACCCAAGUCAAGGAGCAACCCGUAAAAGCUCUGGUGCUCAAAGAAGUUCACAUAUCAUGUCAUCUGAGCACAACCGAGUAUCAUCUGGAAGAAACACAUCAAACAUAAAGAAUAUGGAUUCAACUGUUCGAGGUAUUGAGAGUCUGCAUUUAAAUGACUGA